AUCCUUUUUUUAUAAAAUAAAUAAAAUCUUUAAAAUGAAAACAAUUAAUUUAAAAGAAAAAAAAACCUCCCGGCGUCUAUAUAAACCAUACCCAAGCCCAACGUUAAUUUGCGUCACUUGCAAGCUCCUUCUUCUUUCAUCACUCUCUCCAUUUAAUUAAACCAUGGCCUCCGCCAUGACCUGCUCGGCUGCCGACCUCCUCCCUCAUCUCGGCAACUCAGCCAAUGCUACAGCGGCCGCAGAAUUUAUAUGCGGUCGUUUCACAGCGGUCUCAGAGUACCUCUCAAACACCACCUACGCGGUGGACAGCACGUACCUCCUCUUCUCAGCUUACCUCGUUUUUGCCAUGCAGUUGGGAUUUGCCAUGUUGUGCGCGGGUUCUGUCCGCGCCAAGAACACAAUGAAUAUAAUGCUUACGAACGUGCUUGAUGCCGCUGCUGGUGGCUUGUCUUAUUACCUCUUUGGUUUUGCCUUUGCCUUUGGAGCUCCCUCCAAUGGUUUCAUUGGCAAGCAUUUCUUUGGAUUGAAGGAGUUUCCUUCACAAUCCUUUGACUAUAGCUACUUUCUUUAUCAAUGGGCGUUCGCCAUAGCUGCUGCAGGUAUCACGAGUGGAUCCAUAGCUGAAAGGACACAAUUUGUGGCGUACCUCAUUUACUCUUCUUUCUUGACCGGUCUUGUGUACCCUAUUGUUUCACAUUAGUUCUGGUCCGCUGAUGGUUGGGCCAGUGCGUCAAAAACCGAUGGUAACUUAUUAUUCGGUUCAGGGGUUAUUGACUUUGCCGGUUCAGGUGUUGUUCAUAUGGUUGGUGGCAUUGCCGGUCUAUGGGGGGCUUUCAUUGAAGGACCACGAAUUGGCCGGUUCGACCGGAUCGGCCGGUCUAUUGCUUUAAGAGGUCAUAGUGCUUCACUAGUUGUAUUGGGUACUUUCUUGCUUUGGUUUGGUUGGUAUGGGUUUAACCCCGGUUCAUUUUUAACCAUACUCAAAUCUUAUGGUGAUAGUACAAGGGGUACUUAUUAUGGUCAAUGGAGUACAAUAGGGAGGACAGCUGUCACAACCACAUUGGCUGGUUGCACUGCUGCACUCACAACAUUAUUUGGUAAGAGACUUUUAGUGGGACAUUGGAAUGUGGUUGAUGUCUGUAAUGGUUUACUAGGGGGAUUUGCAGCAAUUACUUCAGGUUGUGCUGUUGUUGAACCAUGGGCUGCUAUUGUUUGUGGAUUUGUAGCAGCUUGGGUUCUAAUUGGUUUCAAUAAAUUGGCAACGAAAUUGAAAUAUGAUGAUCCGCUAGAAGCAGCACAACUCCAUGGCGGUUGUGGUUCAUGGGGCAUAGUAUUCACAGGAUUAUUUGCGAAAAAAGAGUACGUUAAUGAAGUAUAUCCAGGAUUUCCUAAUAGGCCAUAUGGAUUGUUCAUGGGAGGUGGCGAAAAAUUAUUAGGUGCACAAAUUAUUCAGAUUCUUGUGAUUAUUGGAUGGGUGAGUAUGACAAUGGGACCAUUGUUCUUUUUGUUACAUAAGUUCAAGUUGUUGAGAAUAUCGCGCGAAGAUGAAACAGCAGGAAUGGAUUUAACAAGACAUGGUGGAUUUGCAUAUAUAUAUCAUGAUGAAGAUGAAGGUUCUUCUAUGCCUGGAUUCAAGAUGACAAGAAUUGAACCAAUAAAUACUCCUACACCUGAUCAUCAUCACAACAGAUCUGUGGCUGUGUAACAAACAAACAAAAACAAAGAAGUUGAAAAUAAAAUAUUAGAAAGGUAAUUUAAUUAAUAGUGUUCAAUUAUAGGAUGGUCACCCUAGAUUAAUUAAGGUCAAGACGUGGCCUUCUUUGUAAUAGACUAUAAUACAUGAUGAAAAUUCCCCAAUAGUUUUGACAAACGACUUCUGCUUAUUUGAGCUUCCCUUUAUUGUAUGGUGUCUUCUUGUCUGUUUGCAGUGUAUGGUCUGUAUUGUUCUAAAAAUGUAAAUAAAUACUACUCAUAAUAGUAGAAUAUUAUUACCUGGACUUCAGCCA